GUACCUUGGACCUGAAGCUGUUCAAAGAACGAGCGAGGCUAUUGAAAAGAUUCGAGCUCGUAUGCUUGCUUCCCAAAGUAGACAGAAAAGCUACGCAGAUCCAAAGCGUAGAGAUGUUGAAUUCCAAGUUGGGGAUUUUGUUUUUCUUCGGGUGUCCCCAAUGAAAGGAAUUCGAAGGUUCGGGAAGAAAGGAAAGUUGAGUCCCAGAUUUAUUGGUCCAUUUGAGAUUCUUGAGAAAGUAGGUCAGGUAGCUUAUCGGUUGGCUCUACCUCCUGCUUUAUCUGGGGUUCAUAACGUGUUUCAUGUCUCGAUGCUUCGGAAAUAUGUAUCUGACACAACUCAUAUUUUAAGUUAUGAAGACAUCGAGCUCCAAACCGACCUGUCGUAUGAAGAACAACCAGUACAGAUCUUAGACAGGAAAGAAAAGGUGUUGCGAAACAAGACUAUUCCACUAGUCAAAGUGUUGUGGCGGAACAACAAAGUUGAAGAAGCGACUUGGGAAUUAGAGUCGCAGAUGCGGGAACUGUAUCCCGAGCUUUUCAGGUAAAUUUCGAGGACGAAAUUCCUAUAAGUGGGGGAUAGUUGUAAUAUCCCAGAAAAUAAAUAAUAUUUAAAUGGACAUAUUUUAUUAAAUAUGUAAUUACUUGGAAAAUGAAGUAGGAUUAUGAUCUUACUUAGGUAAAUUGUGGAGAAAUUAUUUAAUGAAAUACGUUAUUUUUGGGCCCCGACAAUUGUGGAAUUUUAGCUAUGUGGUUAGCAAUGUCACGACAUUAAAUGAAAGAAUUAUUUUGAGAAUAUCCCGGAUUAAGUUAGAAUUUUAUUAGAAUGUCGGAUUGGGGAAUUAGUAAAAUUACCAAAAUGCCCCUAGGUUAUAAUUUUAGUUUAAGUUUUUUUUAAGGGUAAAAUAGUCAUUUUUUUUUUAUGUUUGACUUUUUGACCUUUGAUUCUUAGUGGCUGAUUGUUUUUUUUAAAAAAAAAAAAGAAAAGAAAACCUUUAUUUAAAUAACUUCCUUCCAAGGCAAGAAAUCAUUUUUUUCAAAGAAAAAUCACAACUUCAAG